CGUCACUCUGGCUGGCUGCUGCUGCCAGUCAGUCAACUUCCGUCAACUGUGUGGAAGUGAGGUGCGAGAAAGUGCUUUCCAGAAAAUAGCUCUCUCCCUCCCGAGGAUUUACAAAUUGAUUUUCCAGCAGUGCUGUGUGUGUGUGGUACCGAUGGUGAAUUGAGUGUUGUGCUCCGCGCGAGAGGAAAUAAUCGUCAUUUUUCCCAUCACUAAUGUGUAAAAAUGGCCGAAACCGAAAUUCCCAACAACGAUGUCGAAAACUUGAAGGCAGCGGGAAAAGAAGAUGGCGAGCACACAGAAGACAAACCUACAGAUGGCAACCUUAAAGAUGAAACUACGAAAGAGGAAAAGCACCGGCCACCGCCUGUUGAUAUUGCAGCGGCGCAGAACGCGGGCGCAGACGGUGGCAUUCAAAACUCCACGAUGAGUGCAGCCCAAACGCCGCGGACCCCGGGGGCCUCCCGAAAUGACACAUUCCGUGAUAAAGAGAAAAAGAUCGGACACAGGAGAGUGGGCGAAGGAGGGGUCGUCACGUACAAGAAGAUUGGUACUUCCCAGUUGAUGCAGUCUAUUCAGCUCGGUAUUCAACAAGCAGUGGGAAGCUUAGCGAGUAAACCAGAGCUGGAUCUUUUAAUUCAAGACUUUUAUUUAGUAGAAACAAUAUUUUUCCCCAGUGUUGGUUCUCAAUCAACACCGGCACAUCAGUUUUCUGAAUUCAGAUUCAAGGUGUAUGCCCCUAUAGCGUUUAGACAUUUUAGAGAUCUCUUUAGGAUUCAACCUGAAGACUACCUUGUUUCCUUAUGUACGGAGCCCCUUAGAGAAUUAAGUAAUCCCGGUGCAAGUGGGUCAAUAUUUUACCUCACCAGUGAUGAUGAAUUCAUCAUUAAAACAGUGCAGCACAAGGAAGCAGAGUUCCUUCAAAAGCUGUUGCCAGGUUAUUAUAUGAAUCUGAACCAGAACCCUAGAACGUUACUACCAAAGUUUUUCGGCCUAUAUAAUUAUCAGUGUAAUGCUAAGAAUAUCAGGUUAGUUACUAUGAAUAAUUUACUACCAUCAUCGAUAAAGAUGCAUCAGAAGUACGAUUUGAAGGGAUCUACGUAUAAAAGAAAGGCAAACAAAUAUGAACGAUGCAAAGACUCUCCAACGUUUAAAGAUUUAGAUUUUAUGGAGCAUCAUCCAGAGGGUAUUUUUGUUGGAGGCAGAAACAUAUAAAGGCUCUUAUUACAACAAUCACUAGAGUUGUGGGUUUUAGCAUCCUUCAAAAUCAUGGAUUACUCACUUUUAGUGGUAUCCAUAACCUUGAUUUGGCGGCCAAAACAAAAGGCACAGGACAAGGAGAAAAAACUGAAUGGUGGUGACGGUGGAGCAGAUGAAGGAGGCAGUAGUGGUGCAGAAGGCCUCAUUCGUUCCAGAUCCAUUAACAGACACAAGCUAGGACAUUCAACAGCAAUGGAGUCUAUACAGGCCGAUUCCGAUUAUGACGAGGAAGAUCAUGUUCCGCCUGGUGGCAUUCCUGCAAGAAAUGCAAAAGGGGAAAGAUUGUUGCUAUUCCUAGGUAUUAUAGAUAUUCUUCAGAGUUAUAGGCUGAAGAAGAAAUUGGAACACACUUUUAAAUCUAUGAUCCAUGACGGGGAUACCAUUUCAGUACACCGGCCAAACUUUUAUGCUGAGAGAUUUCGUAAAUUUAUGGAAACAACGGUAUUCAAGAAAAUCCCAUCACUGGACCUUCCAGAAAUCAAAGGCGGCCAUCGCAAAUUCCGCAAUCUGGUCUCCAGCUACAUAGCCCUGAGACAUUCCCCAUCCCGUCGAAGAGUUACAUCGUUAAGAGUCAUGAGACCAAUGUCCCAGACUGACCCUGAUCAUUCUGCUGAUGGUCACGAAAGUCACGAAGGAACAUCUGUUUCCAGCAGGAGAAGUGCAAGCGUUCGAAGCAGAAGAGCAGCGACAGGAAGAUUACAGGGUGGCAGCGUUAGUGCUGAGGACCAGACAGGUGAUGGUGGAAGUGAUGUUACUACCACUUCACCUCAUCCUACAGGAAGUACAUCUACUACUCCAGCCCCUGUAUCAACAUCAGUUGGGGCUGGAGUUACAUCAAGUAGUAUGGGAGGAAGCUCAAGUGUUGGAGUGGUUGGGAUUGGUGGGUCUAGUGUCCCAGGGUUGGGCUCUGGCACACCUUCGACACCUGUCAAUCUUCCAGCAGUCUUGCAGGACCGGCCUCACUCUGGGCGUGGUCGUGUACCUCCACCAGUGCCUCCACGAUCACCAAGAGGCGGCACUUCGCAGCCAGCUUCUUCAUUUUCACUUGCUCGAGGUAGUGGACGCGGUUUAGUUACUGUGAGUGGUGGAAGUAGUGGAGCAGGCCAUCCCCCUGUAGGUUCAACUCCCCCACCUCCUUGGGAUUCUUCUUCAAGCGGAACAGCAUCAGCCAGCACAGUUGUUGCUACUUCUUCCCCGCGAGUCCAAGUCCGUUCGUCUCAUACACAUGUUACUACAGUAGCCAUUGAAGACCGAUCUGAUGUUGUCAGAAAGGGUCAAAAAUUGCGUUUUAAGGGCCUUGCUGAGGACCCCCAAAGUGUCACAGAGCCUGUGCUUGUUAGCUAUAAGGCGAAAUCCACCACCCUAAGCGUGAGUGACGUGCACCUGGAGCCUCGACCAGAUUCGCGGUCUACGCUGAGUGUGGACUCUAGUGUGGGGCCAACACCUAUGGUCCGUACCCUCACCUGGACACCCCCCCUCUCUGUAGAGGGUAGCACCCCUACCUGGACCGAGGGAACUCCCAGCUUUACUGAGUCCUCCUCUAGUGGAGAUUUAGGGUGUCCCACUACUCCAGUCCGCAGUCUUAACACCACUCAUGAAUCAGCUGAUAUUAACCUUCAUGAAACAGAAAUGAAGCGACUACACAAACGGCAAAGUUCGUAUACCCACUUCACCAUGGCCAUGGAAGUGCAUGACGAGUCACUGGAAUAUGUGUGAAAAGCAAGUUUUGUCAGUGAAGUAUAUGUCAAAUGUAAAUUAUAUAAUAGAUAAAUGAACAGAUUAUUGCUCUGCACUUCUGAUGCAGUUGAUAGUUUUUGUGUGGUUACAUAUUCCAAUGAAACAGUUACUGAGUAUGCAGGUAAUGAAUUGAGACUUCUGAAAGGAAUGUUGACUUUUCAGAAUUACCUAGCAGUUGUGAUGAAUAGCUCACAAAUAUAUCUGGUGAUUUGUCUUGCACUUUGUAUUGGUUGCAGCUUGCUGCUGGCUUGAAAUGUACCUGUCCAUAUUACAUCUACCUUUCGCCUGCCUGCUUUAUGUGCUGCACAUCGCCGUCUUGUGAUUGUGUAUACUGUAAAUGAUGUGUGUGUAUUUUUAUUUUUAAUUUACAGAUUAUUUACUCAUUAUUGUAAGUUAUGUACACAUUUGGUUUGAAGAAAUGGUUGUUCCAUUUCAUAGUGGGGUUUGCUUAUCCAUGAGGGUAACUCUUUAUCCCACAAGAUCCAGAUAACUUGGUUUUAUACAGUAUGUACGCCAAUAGACAUUUAAAUUUUGGUCAGUUGGUUACAAUUUAUUUUUUAAUAUGACAAUUUUAUACUUUAAAAUGCAAAAUUUACAUGCAUAUUGUGCCAGUUAUUGAUCCUGUUAUGUUUUUUGGCAGUUGACAAAAAUUAUUUUAGGGAUAUAAUGUAAAAUCAGCGGUAUCUAUUUUUGUUAUCCUGCUGAACAUGUUUUUUGUGAUUUCAGUAUGUAAUGUAUUUAUUUUUGUGCGUGCAAUAGUUAAAAUUUUAUUUUUUAUUGCUGAAAUUGGGUUAUUGCACUCCCCAGAUGAACAGAAUCAUCUGUUUUUGGGUUUGUAGCCACCCAGGUGUAGUUUUUUAUCUCUAUUGUUAUUAGGUUGGUUUUUACCUAAAAAUGAUUGGGACACAGACAUUCAAGAUUUGUAAAAGAAAAUUUUGUCUUGUAGAAUUCAAACCAUUAUGUAAUGAAAGCUGCUAGUUUUGAGGAUAAAAGGAGACCACCCAUAAAGAAUAAAGUAUUUAUACUACUAUCUCUAAAACAAUGAGACUCCCCUCAAAUUGGAUACAACUUCAUGUAUUCUUACAUUUCCACCAAUUACACAUCCCUUUUGAUUUGUGGCAACUCUGUGUACAAUGGAGGAGGAGGGGCCUUGACGUAAGGCAGUGGUUGUUUUUUGUACAACAAAAUAUGUUUUAGGAAAUGGAAUUUCUUAUAAAGAUAUAGCCUGUACGUACUCUUAGAAGAACAGAACAUCUCUGUACUGGGAACAGUAAUAAAAAACGGAAGGUAGUACUUUAAAUAGAAUGACCAUCAUGAUAUAAACACACAGCACCCAAUUCAAGGGCAACCAAUCCUUGGGCUGAUGACCCCAAGGAGUUGAGGGUUUAGUUAGUCUGUCUUGAGCUACAGUUGAAGGAGAGGUCAGUGUGAGUAAGGUCAGUCUGCAUGAAAGAGGGUGGUUGGUCUUAGAGGGAGGAUAUGAAUUUGUCUCUGAGGAUAGUAGUUAUUGAAUUGGUAUUGAAGCUUACAGUGACAGAUUAGGUUGAAAUCCUUGUUUGGAGUUGUGUUGCCUUCGGAUCCCAGAGCAAAUUCACGCAGAGGGUUGGGUAUACGGAAAAUUGUUACUUGUGAUUCAAAGCUUUCUUGCAAAGCACAUAAAAUGUAUCUUCAAAUCUGUAAGAAAACUCAGGAUUGUGGUUGACUUUUAUAUCUAAAAAUGUUGACAGUCAUACCACAUACUGUACUUCAAAUCUUUUUGUUCUGCCACCAUUGGAGAUUUCUUCUGUUUUGAUGCCAGGAGUCCCCAGAGACAUUGCCUUUCUAUCAAGAUUGUUGUAAAUGGCAUUAUGUACUGUAUUUUGCCAAUGAUGGAAAUUAUAUGGACAGUAAUAUAUAUUUCAACUUGGAAUUUUCACUAGCACCUGUUGUACUUGUAUACCAAGCACUAGUUUUGUUGUUUGAUAUGCAAGACAUGAAUGUUUACAUUCUGUUUUGAUGCCACACUGCCUGGUACCAGAAGGUUUUAUUUCUUUUUUGUAAAGCUGUUGACUGGUGUUCCUAGUGGUAUUGUACAGGCUAAUGCUAUAGGUUUGAGAGACUGUAGUGUUAAUAAUGCAUGGCUGCAUUGCAAUCACAAAUAAUAAGCCACAAACACCAUUUAAUAUCCAAUUCAUUAUACAGUGUUCCCCUGUAUUUGCGGGGGAUGGGUACCAGACCUACCCACAAAUAGCUGAAACCCCUAGAAAAACGCUUAAAACUUCCUUUUUUUUUUUUGUUAAAACUCAUGAAAAACUUACAAAAAAUGUUUAUACCUGGUUUUUUUAAGUGUUAUCAUAAAAAUGCAUUUUAUGAUAAAAUUGAUAAAAAAAAGAAAUUUAUGUAUAUUUCUCAUAGGAAAAUACUGCGAAUAGGCAAAUUUUCGGCGAAUAAUGGCGGUAUAUGUUCCAGAGAGAAAUCCGCGAAUAUGAGAGUUCGCGAAUAUGGGGUGUUCACUGUGCCUUGAAAAUAACAUAUGUACUACACCUCAUGGGAAUUGUAAUUGAUAGGUACUUCAUCCUUGGCAGGAGUGAACCAUUACCUGGUUUAGAAAUACAUAAUGAUAGGCAGUUCAUUUUGUAAUUGUAAUUUUUGUACUUUUUCAUAUAGGGGCAUUGUUUUCUGUUGGAGCAUAUUGUGCUAAGUUUAAUGGACUUUGAGAUGGUCCCAUAUAAUAUACAUAUUUGCUAAUGAUGAAGAUAAUGAUGAUAAAAAUUUGCAAGGAUAUAGCAGCCUUUACACCUGACAUGAUUUCAGACAGUCUGGUUAGUCUACUGGCAAGGUGUGAAUCAUAUUCUAAAAACCAUUCCUUCACUUGGGAAAAUUCCAUCACCAUUUUCUUUUGAAUUGUUUGGAAGUUGAAUACACCAGGGGAAAGUCUCCAGCAUCAUCAUCAUGAUCUUCAGCAUCAUGUUGAUGUUUCAGAUUUCUUGGAAUGCUUAAAAUUAACAUCCCCAUCUCAGCUUCUUAUUCUUAGUGGAAAGUUCCCUGUCAUGAAGAUGGCGAAGUAAUAUUGCAUCAGGUAUUGUGAAAGAACAGGAUAGGGAAAAUUUGUUUACAGGGAACUGCAGGUCCUUGUCUGGCCAGACCAGUGACCAUUUUCAUAGGUUUAGUAUCACAAAGCUGUAGAAUGAUGAUUAUGGAAUUUAAAUAAUUUUUUAAUGAUGCUAUUGGAAUGAGAGCACCCUGACAAUAGUAAGGACUCGUAAGAAACGAUUGGAAAGAUAAGAUCAUAAAAAGAAUACGAGACAGGAUAUCUAAUGAGCUUCCCAAAAGCUUUUCCCUUCUUUUAGGAAAAGGAAUGUAACAAUGUUUGUAAAUACUGACCUAGAAUACAAGAGCCAUGCAAGGAAAUUCUUCAUUCUCUGAUCGUAUAUUUGAGGAAAUUGAAGUUUGGCUCGACCUGUGGGUUGUGUAUGUUCUUGAAGGUUGCUGGGUGCAUCCGUGUUCUGUAAAUAUUUAUGGCUUAUCCUUCAGUUUCUUGAAGAACAUUGAUAGUAGUGUGUUGUGAAUGAGCAGUGGUUUGUACUUUAUGCAAAUGUAUUUCGAUUCAAAUCAGCUAACAUUACACAAAGAUUACCUGUGAUAUUGUUUUCACCGAGACUGUAAAAUCAGAGGAAUGAAGAGGGAAUGAUCUUGUACUAUUCAAACUGGCUGGUACAUCACAAGCAGUUUAUGUUAUUACAUGUUGUUAGGUUUUCAUAUAUAUACACCGAAUAGUUUUGAUGUGUUUAUACGCAAUCAUACAGUAUAUUAAUGUAAACUUGAAUGUUAAAUUUUUUAUUGUAUUUGUAAAUUUUUAUAGUUUUACACAUGUUUUUCAUGGUUAAGAUUUAUACCUUGGAUUUGGUUAGGGAGUUAAAUAGUUUGUCUGUUAUUUUCUUUUAAGUAAUGUAUGGUAUUUCAAAAUGAAGAGCUGCUUUCAACAAUCUCUUAUAUGAUUGACUUGAUAUUUGUUGGUUCAGUAUUUCUCAUUUCCAAAGAUAGAUAUUUCAUUACUCUUGUUUAUAAUGCACCUAAAACUUAGGGGAUGAAUGUGAGGAAAGGAAUAAUACAUAAAACAGUAUAUGGAAGGUAUGGGAAUUAAAACUUACUCUCAGCAAGUAACAAGGAUCAAGUGUAAUUUGCUGCCUAUUCUGCAAUGUGCAUGUAUCUUAGCUCUCACAUGAAAGAAAGAAAAGACAAAGAUUAACACAACCUUGGAUACUGGUUUGAAGUCCACGGUGCAUGAGGUUAGAGUUUAGCCAUUUCAUUUGUCUUGGAAUUGGUGGCAAGGGUUGACAGUGAAAAUAUAAUGCUAUUGUACAUUAUACCCUAAUUUUUUUUAUUUUAAUUUUUGGAUGUUGCUGUUCUUCAUUCUUUUCAAGAUACCAGUGGAUAGUAUCGUGUGAAGUUUUUCUCGGCUAUUGUUAACCCUCUGGGUUACUUUUUAUUUUCAAGUUAUAAGGAAGUAAGUCAUGUAUUGUCUGCAUAUUUAACUGAAAUCUCAUACAUGUUAUGACAUUCUUGUAUUAAAAAUUCAGUUGUUUUUUCUGAUGUUUCUGAAGAGACAGCAAACGAAAGGGGAGUCCAGAUUUUGUGAUAAUUGCUAUAGUAAAUGUUUUUGCACAUCUGUAUAUAAAGAUGAAUUCACAUGUUUGUAGGUAGGCUAUGGGUGUAAAUAGAAUGUUAUUUUUCGUACUGUUUAUUAUUUUCUCCUAAAUUAUAUUUGUUACUUUAAUCAUCUUUUCUCCAUAUGGUUGUUGAUCAAAGGAAAACAGAAUUGAAGUAAAUGUGGAAAUUAUGAUAUUUCAAAAUGAAAGUUUUUGUCGUUUGGCAUUCUUCAUCAGCUUUCCAACCAGUUGUUGGCCUGACCAAAUUUUGCACAAUCUUGCUGACUGACAAAUGAAGUUUUACCAAAGGUGUGUGUUUAUGUAUCACCAAACAAAGAAUGCAAAUUUGUUUUAAAUGAAUGAGUUAGAGCCUUUGUUAUACUGUAAUAGUUCAAAUUGAACCUUUGCCUCAUAAUGUUACCUGGCCAUAAGUAGUAGGUGAUUAUUUUUUAUCCUGAGUCUGAUUUUGAUAACGUAUAGUACUGUAUUACUGUAAUGUUCUUCACUUACAAAUUUCCCAUAUACGUAGUUUGCUUUUAAGAAAUUAAUUAGAUUCUAUUUGAUAAAUUACAGGAUUAUUUAUUUAAUUUAUUGGUUAGAAAUUGAGUCACUUCACUUACAGUUAUGUCUUGUUCAGCAUCCUAGGAUUAUGUCAUCAUUGUUAUUCAUCAAGUGCCCAUGCUAAAGUGAGUGUGACAAGAUAAGUAUGUCAGUCUUGCUCUUAUUUUUUAUUGAAUCACAUCCUAAUCAAAUAGGGGAUUUAAUCUUUAAAAUUUAUUAUCAAAUUUGUUAUUACACAAAGUGUACCAUUUAUAAAAUCCAAUAAGUUUUAUAAAUAAAAACCACAGACAGGGAUAAUCAUAUUCAGUCUAGGCAUAGUAGUUGCAGCUUUGACUGCUUUAAUCAGCAUCUUCAUUUCCCCCAGUGCCCACUUCACCAGAUUUCUAAGUACAGUAUAUACUACUAGCUUCAUAUAGAUUGUGGAAUGGAAACUUAAUUUCUGGAAUCAUAGGAUUUUUGUGAUAAUAAUUUUGAAAAGCUUGUAAUGCUUCCGUUGCUAAAGUUUUUUGAGGUAAUCUUAACAACUGAUCAAUCUUGCUGACAGUACUACUGUGAAAACAGAUGCAUUGUUAGGUGAAGACAAUUUGGAGCUGUAAUCAUAAAUUGUAGUGUGAAUUCAGAUACCUUCAGCAUCAUCAUGGUGCUUUGUGUGUUUAGGGACAAUUUUUGGAUUCAAAUAAUUUUAGUAUGCAUAAUCUAGUAAUUAAAGCAAAAUUCUAAAAACUAAAAAAAUCUGUAAUUUAGAAAUUUAAGCGAAUGAUCAUUUAGAAAAAAAGCCUCUUCGAUUGAAAAUUUUUUGUUGGACAAUGACUUACAUUUGUGUAGUAUCUAGAUUGCUCUUUGCAAGGCUUCUGACAUGUCUAAGAAUUAUUCUGAACCUUCAUCAUGAAUACUGUAAGCUCCCAAGUAUUUUAUUCAAUGUCAACCUAUAUAUUUUGCUGCCUUAAUCUAAAUGAUUGUGUUGAACAAUAACAUCAAGGUUGACCUUUAGCCCCCAAUUAUUAGAAAUUGUUAAGAACAAUAGCUAUAUCUUGGGAUUUGCCUUGCCAAUUACUGACUCAGCAAGCCAAUAUAUAAUCCCCUCAGCUAAAACAGAAAUAAGAGGAGAGGAGCCAGAUACUACACAACUGUGUAUGCUUGGAGUGUUAUCUGGUGUACAUCUAACCAAGGUUUUUGCCCCCCCCCCCUCCCCCCCACCUCCCUUUCCCACCAACUGUAAGAGGGUGCAUUUAAUCCCCCUCCCCAAAGGGCCUGAGGUGUUGUACACAUUAUAAGCAGACAGCAUCACCCAAAAACAUGUUAACAAUAACCUGCUCAUUGGGGAUUUUAAAUGCCAACCAAUGUAGCAGUAAGUCGAGGCUUAAUCCAUCAGGCAUUAAGGCAACACUUAAUCCACUCAAGCAGUAAGUAACACCCAAUUCACUUAAUCCACUCAAGCAUCAAGCAGUGUAAGCAGACUCCAUUCAGGCAGUAAGAAAUGCUUAAUCCACUCAAGCAGUACGCAUUGCUUAAUUCACUUAAGCAGUAAGCAGUGCUUAAUUUACUCUAGCAAUAAGCAGUGCUUAAUCCACUCCAGUAGUAGGCAAUGCUAAAUCCACUCAAGCAGUAAGAAGUGCUUGAUCCAUUCCAGCAGUAAGAAAUGCAUAAUCCACUCCAGCAGUAAGCAGUGCACCACUCAAGCAGUAAGAAAUGCUUAAUCCACUCGAGCAGUAAUCAUGCUUAACCCAUUCAAGGAGUAAGUCAGCAUUUAAUCCACAUAGCCGAAUAGAUUGUUAGCUUAACAAAGUACAUACCUAUAUUCGGCUAGUACUGUUAGCAAAUAAUAUAGUAGGAGAUACCCUUUUUAUCAGGUUUAAUUUAGUUUAACUUUCUUUUUUUUGUAUGCAGUGUUUACUCUCAGUUUAACAGGUGUAUCAAAGUUGGUCUAAAAAAUUUGCAGUUUUGGCUAUCAGACUGUAUUCCAGUUUUAAUUCAGUAUAGUAAUUAUCUUGACCUGAUUUAUAUGAAGCAUGACUGCAUUUCCUUACAGGAAAUUGGAAACCCACUGAUGAGGUCCUGAUAUAUAUUUUGUACUUUCAUUCUUGCAAUUUUGAGAACACACUAGGAAUGCUGUAGAUGUAAGCCAGUGUAAAUACAUGUACUAUAGCAGAGCUGCACUUAUACUCUGUACAUUACAUUUAACUCCACUUGGUAACUCAUUCAUAAUGUCCUUGGUUUCUGUGAAAAAUAAUGUGCUGCUAGAAACACUUUUUGGGGGGACAUCAUUUGACAAUUUUUAUUUCUUUGCACCUGGAAAGAGUAGUCUGAUUUUUGAUCUUUGUGUUAUGAAUAAAAGCAGAAAGCUUCCUUCACAUGCUAUUCAGUAGAAGCAUUUUUAUGGUAGUUUGCGUCCGGGUAGUUUCAUGUACUACCAUCUGCAUUACAAUCUUAAUCCUCCAUGAAUGUGGUAUUCUGUGUAACAUGAGGAAUCAAGUAUAGAUUGUUCUAUGUGAUUCAGUCAUUAUUUGGGUGUUUAUAUAUUACACUUUGUGGGUUUUUGAGUUUGAUGCUACCCAUGAGUUUACAGUUUUUUUCACUACUUUUACAAUUUAACUGGGGUUAUUGGCUGAUAAUUUGAUGGAUUACAUAAGAUUUACCUGGUUUGGUUAUUAAUACAAUAUAAAGAGUUUCCCCGAGAUUGCUCCCUGCUGCUGCUGAUGCAGAACCAGAGGAAUUUCUGGUUAUUAUAAAUUCAUUUCUCCAUCUAAUCCAUCGGGCCAUCAGCUCAGUGGUCUGGUUACACUAAGAUAUACUUACCUUUAAAAAGUUUCUUUGCCCAAAGUUGAUUGUAGAAUUAAAGUAAAUGCUGUUUUGCUAAUGUUGCUAAUGUUCAUUUAAAUACAAGAGGAAAGAGGAAGUGCUAAUUCCUCACCUGUGAACAGUUUUUGUCUUAUCUACUGAAAAAUUUUUAGUCUGCGUAAUGGAUUUUAGUUUUCUGUGAAAGAAAACUAUUGAGAUGGCUAUUUCUCUGUCCGUCCACAAUUUUUCUGUCCAACGACAGAUCUUACAAACUACUGGGAUAGAGGGCUGCAAAUUGAUGUUGAUCAUCCACCUUCCAAUCAUCAAGCAUCAAAUUGCAGCCUUUUAGCCUCAGUAGUAGUUAUUUUAUUUAAGGUUAAAGCUAGCCAUGACUAUGUACAUCACAGGCUACCACUGGGCCAUGGCUGAAAGUUUCAUGGGCCAUGGCUGAGAGUUUCAUACAGCAUUAUACACUUUACACAACACUACGUAAAGUACGCUGAAGAAACUUCGGAACAUUUUUUACUUGUUAAUUGUUGUUAUGCUUACUGAUGUACUAUGCCAUAAGACUACAUUUGCUGGUAAUAUGUUUGAGGGCUUUCUUUCUUGUUCAGUUAACCUUCAAAGAUAAAUAAAUGAUUGUUCGGCUGUAGGUGAUACAUUGUAAAAACAUGUUUUCUACUGAAAGUACAAUACAUUCUUCAGGUUGUUUGUAAGGUAAGUAUGUAUACUACAUAGGUUACAGUAUCACACCCAACUGAUUCCAAAUAUCCUGUAUGCACAUGUCAAUUAGGCAUUGUCAUUGUUUUAUUCAUUUGAUUUUCUUUUUCU